AUGAACGUGACUGCUUGCUCGCCAGCGGCAAUCCAGCCCCGUGUCCUUUACGGAGCUGAUAUCCUAUCCCUCUCUGCUUCAUGGACCAGCAAUUUCACCCUCAACGUCCCUGCGGACUUCAACUACAACCAUGGCGACAUUGCUGUGGAAAAUGCGCAGUUCUGCAACAUCACCGUCACCUACACUCACCCGGGGUAUACCGACAACAUCAGCGUCGAAACCUGGCUCCCCCGGGAGUGGAAUGGGCGCCUGCAAGCAACCGGUGGCGGAGGCUGGUCGGCCGGGCGGUUUGUGCUGUCCAACUUCUUCAUGGCCGGUGCCAUUGGCGAGGGCUACGCGACAACCACCACGGACGCAGGACUAGGCGAGGCUGGCUCCCCGAAUGCAUGGGCGCUUAAGAGCCCCGGGAACGUGGACCUUGUUGCGCUCCAGAACCUGGGAUCGCGCUCGUUGGAUGACCAGGCAACCAUCGCGAAGAACCUCGUUCGCAGCUUCUACUGA